UGCAUCUACCUACUGCCUCACCGUCGUCUUCACCCACCAUCCAUCAAAACCUUGGAGAGGAUCAUCUGAAUCUGAAGAACGCGUAAUUCUCGGUUUCUAAGACACUAAGUGUCCUCGAUCCUUCUCUGGUUUCCGAAAAUGGCGGUGGCAGAUGAUCCGGCGGCGGCGAAGGAUCCGACGGUGUCUCCAUCGAAUUCGUACAGUGCUGUCGUCCUCGGCGGCACAUUCGAUAGAUUGCACGACGGGCAUCGGCUUUUCCUCAAGGCGGCGGCGGAGGUGGCGAGGGAUCGGGUUGUGGUGGGAGUAUGUGAUGGGCCGAUGUUGAAGAACAAACAGUUUUCAUUGCCCCUGUGUUUGGAUUCUUUUCUAAGAAGAUGCCUACUUUGUGCGCGCGCGUGUGUGUGUGUGCAGCUCUCUGAACUGAUACAACCUAUAAAAGAAAGGAUGCAGAAUGUGGACAAUUAUGUCAAGUCUAUCAAGCCCCAGCUUGCUGUACAAGCAGAACCCAUUACCGAUCCAUAUGGCCCGUCGAUCGUUGAUGAAGAUCUGGAGGCCAUUGUUGUCAGCAAGGAGACACUACCAGGUGCACUAUCCGUUAACAGAAAACGAGCAGAAAGAGGGCUCUCGCAAUUAAAGAUUGAGGUUGUAGAUCUAUUGUCUGAAGGAUCGAGCGAGGACAAGAUAAGUUCAAGUACUUUAAGGAAGAUAGAAGCGGAGAAUGCCCAGAGACAGAGAGAACCCACCGAAUCAUUGUAAUAAACACUGAGGAACCACGUUUUCUUCUUCAUCAAUUCACGGAAAGGUGUAAACAUGUUGUAAGGGCAACAGAAAGAAACUCCAAUAAAUCGUAUGAAGUCUGAAACGA